UAUCCCAAUUAUAAAUAUAUUUAUAUAUAUAUAUAAAUAAUAUUCCGCAGCGGUCUUCUGUUGUCGGUUUUCGAAAUCUGUUAUACUAUUUAAUAUAAUAUAAUAUUCAGACGUGUGCGUUUCGAGCAGGAGAGGUUCGCGCGCGGCAUAUCAUAAUUCCGCACGGGACCGUUCGUGAUAUUCUAUAAAUGGGGGAGUACAAAUUUAGUGUAAAUUCUAGUUUAAGUUCUAUCGAGUACCAAUCGUCGGUGAACACGUCCGGAUUGCCAUCGUCGUCGUCGUCGUCACAGUCGUAUUUUGCAGACGACGGCCCACAGCAGUUGCAGGACGUCGCCGUCAAACAGCAGAUCUCACCGUCACCGGUCAACGGCGAUCACCAACAGCUGCCCUCCACCAAAGGCACUGUCAAAGAAGAUUCUGUGUUGGCAGUGUUAGGUGGUGGUGGUGGAGGUGAUAAAUCGUCGGGCGGCCCACAAAUGCAGUUACCAUCAUCUUAUAACAAUGAAGCUAGUCUUAAUGUGAUAAACUCGUCGACCAACUCGUCUACGUCUAGUCUAUGGUCAGCAUCUGUUGAUGAUACGUUAAUACAUGGGUUAAAUGCAUCUGCGGCUGCAAACAACGCUAAUUUCCCUAACACUUUGUACAAUACUGGCUUGGGACCUCAUCACCAGCAACAACAACAGCAACCACAGCAACAUCAUCAUAGACGUCAAGCAUCUGGCGCUACGCAUAAUUUCCCUCACAAUCUGUCUAGGCAACUGCAACAGUCAGCUCAUCCGCAGAACCUGUACAUGGCCAGUAAGGGAUAUUCUUGGUCACAGUCUCAUCAGAACUCGUGGCUUAACUCUAGUCAAAAUCAAAGUGGUAUAGCUGGUUCAUCAUGGAAUCGUGGUCGUUCUGUACCUAAUUUGAAUCCAAUGCAUGCUUUAGCUGGUCGUAAGCCAAAUACUAAUUACAAUCAUCAUCAACAUCAAUCUACUCCUACAAAUUCAUCAAAAUUUAGACGUAGUACUUCUUACCCGGGAAAAGGAUUAUUCAAUCAAAAUUCUACAACAUUUGAUAUUAACAACAUCGAUGAGACAGACACAAUGAGUUAUCAGGAACGAUGUGGAAACGGCACUGGACCUUUGGAUAACAUGCGCAAUCUUGAACACUAUUUAAACGAUAUUAUGCGUUCUGGUACGGAAAAUCCAGAACACGUGAAAGGUUUCAUUAAUUCGAACACUCUACACUCUCUAGCUCACCUACACGGUAAAUCGCCCUUCUUUCAAACACUCGAAGAUCAAACGGGAUUGUUGGAUGACCCUGGUUCGCAUUUGAUCGAUACAUCCGUGCAAGCUUUGACGUCGCCAUCUCGGUCGUCGCCCCACAGUCAAGGAUCGGAAAGCAGCGAAAGGUUUUCCAGAAAAGUGUUUGUAGGCGGCUUGCCACCUGACAUCGAUGAAGAUGAAAUCACGGCUAGUUUCCGCAGAUUCGGUCAACUGGUGGUCGACUGGCCUCACAAAGCUGAGAGCAAGUCUUAUUUUCCACCAAAAGGAUACGCUUUUCUUUUAUUUCAGGACGAGUCUUCGGUACAGCAAUUGAUCGACGCAUGCAUUCAGGAUGACGACAAAUUAUACUUAUGCGUGUCUUCACCGACCAUCAAAGACAAGCCAGUGCAAAUAAGGCCUUGGCGUUUGUCCGACGCUGAUUUUGUGUUGGACGCAUCCAUGCCGUUAGAUCCCCGAAAAACAGUGUUCGUCGGUGGUGUGCCUAGACCGUUGAAAGCCGUCGAAUUGGCUAUGAUCAUGGACAGAUUGUACGGCGGAGUGUGUUAUGCUGGUAUUGAUACCGACCCAGAGCUUAAGUAUCCGAAAGGAGCCGGCCGAGUAGCAUUUAGCAAUCAACAAAGCUAUAUUGCCGCUAUUAGCGCCCGCUUCGUACAGCUCCAGCAUGGAGAUAUCGACAAGAGAGUUGAAGUUAAACCGUACGUGCUUGAUGAUCAGAUGUGUGACGAAUGCCAAGGACAGAGAUGUGGUGGCAAGUUCGCACCAUUCUUUUGCGCCAACGUCACUUGUUUACAAUACUAUUGUGAACUAUGCUGGGCGACAAUCCACUCAAGACCGGGCCGCGAAUUUCACAAGCCGUUAGUUAAAGAAGGCGCAGAACGUCCAAGAACUGUGCCAUUCCGUUGGUCAUAACGUAAGAUUCCAAAGCGAGUAGUCACAUUUUAUUAAUCCACUUAUUUGUUUUGUUUUUUUAUUUUAUUUUAUUAUUCUUACGCAUGUUUAUACAAA